UCCGUCGCUACUCACGAGAACGCUUAGCGAACCACUCUCCCACCCAGCUGUCCAAGUCCUGCGCACUUAGCUGAGAUGUCUGCGGAUGAGAUACAGCAGCUGAAGGAGUGGGUGGAGCAGCAGCCACACCUGCCGCCAGUGCCAGAGGAGCAGCUGCCACUGUUUCUGCGGACAGCCGACGGCGACCUGAAGAAGGCAAAGGAGGGCGUCGACCUGUACUACACGGUGCGCACCCACGCCCCAGAGGCGUUCUCCAACAGGGACCCCCUGAUGCCCGAGAUAGACAACGUCGCCGCACUCUUCCACGUGGCGGCCUCGCCGGUGCUGCACCCUGACGGCUACAUCGUGCUGUUCGCGCGCCUGCUGCCGGACACGGCGGACCGCUUCGUGCACGCGGACGCGCUCAAGUUCUACUGGAUGUGCGAGGACCUGGCCCUGCGCGAGCACCCGGCCAACACCGGCUUCCUCUUCGUGUUCGACCUGAGCGGCAUGUCGCUGCCCCAUCUGGCGCGCCUCAACCUCGUGCUGCUCAGACAGUACCUCGUCUACACGCAGGAUGCCCUGCCGUCAAAGGUAAUUGGUAACCACAUGGUUAACGUCGUCCCGGCGACGGAGACGUUGAUUAAUAUCAUGAAGCCCAUAAUGAAGAAGGAGCUCUCCGACAAGCUUUUUGUCCAUUCAAAGGACAUGGAAGAAUUUUACAAACACGUGCCGAAAUCAGUUCUGCCCAAGGAUUAUGGUGGUGAACUGGACAGCCUCGAAGUCUACCAUAACGAGACGCGGCAGCGGCUGAAGGAGCACCGCGAGUGGUUCCUGUCGGAGCAGUCGCUGCGGGUGGACGAGUCCCGCAGGCCAGGGCGCGGUCUCACCGCCACCGACGUCUUCGGCAUGGAGGGCUCCUUCCGCGCCCUCUCCAUCGACUGAGCGCGCCGCGCCGCGCCUCACUCGGCCUUCUGCCGCUGUCUCGCUGUACCACGCUCGCUUCCGCUGUAGCCAGUUACCGGCACGGCCCAGCUCAUUCAUAACCUGAGACGGCUUACAUUCUAGUGCACCACCAACCUUAUGAGAAUUACUUCAACAAGAAUCACGAUUCUUCGCUUUCACUAGCGGUUGGAUACCCGCAUAUCUCAAGGUUGUCUACUCGCCCUUCUAAACACACCAAUAUGAUAUCAUUACUAGUUUGUACAAAAAGAAAGUUUGUACAAAAAUAAAAUGGGAAGUGUAGCAAAAUUCUAGGAAACAAAAUUACCUGGCGCAGGAAAUGGUGAGAGUGACAACUGACAGGAUGUUGGUAUGCGUAAUUCUUUAAAAAUUCUUUCUUUCUUUCUUUCUUUCUUUUGCUUAUGCCGGUUUUCCCGUAGAUACGCAGGGUCGGCAUGGUUAAUCGGAUGUGGCAAUAAUAGUUGAAGGGGUGGCCGGAUGCCCUUCCCGCCGCCACCCCGUACCCCCCAGGAAGGAAUUAGUGCACCCCAACGGUCUGCGACCGUUGUAAUCCAUCGAAUAGUCCGAAAGUGUUCAGAUGUCUGCGAGCCGUGUAACUGAGGCGGGACGUGGAGACCAGCCCGGUAUUCACCUAGAGGAAUGCGGAAAACCGCCUAAAAACCACAUCCAGGCUGGCCGGCACACCGGCCUCGUCGUUAAUCCGCCGGGCCGGUGCGCCUACCCGAGUCCAGGAAGCAGCGCGUUAGCGCGCUCGGCUAACCUGGCGGGUGCGUAAUUCUUUAACAAUGUUUACAUUUAUUUAUUGACCAAUUUCAGCUUCUUCGAGUGCAUGCGCAUGAUGACCGACGCUAGGUGCUCAGCGCUCAAAUUGCCUAAACGCAAAAGCUGAAUUUCUAACACAAUGAAGCAAACGAUGAAAUAAACUGCCCCCUUGUAUUUCACCAACUUUACAAUAACGUUGGCCAAUUUUGUAUUUUACCGAAAAUAAUAACACAACAGUAAAAGGAGAGCAGGAAAACACAAUAAUCAGCUUCAUUCGGCAUACCAAAGCUUAGAAUAUACCCAACCUAAAGCUGACAACAUAACUAGCAAUACACAAGUGUUUAACGAGAGAGCUAAAAUCAGCUGUCGAACACACUAGCCCAAGCUACCCACUGCUGUACGUCAGAAAUGAAAAAAAAAUGAAGCAGUGAAUGCCGACAAAAAGGUGAGAUUGAAAUUUCACUGUACACAACAACAUAAAAUAACUUUUCCAGUGUUACUGCACUAACCACAAGUGAGUGGCUGUAGUUGAAAAGCAUGAUCUGUUGGUAACAUACUUUGGCCAGCCUCAGCCAUACUCCUUUCACUAGACGACUGCAGUAUACCUUAUAAUUUUGAAAAAAAUAUUUAUUGUCUUAAUGAAUUCUUCUACCACAUUCCACAUAUGUUUUAAACUUCUCUGUUAAACUUAACAAUUUAAGUUUCUGUAGUAGAUAUCAUUUCCCCAACGAAUACCGUAUUCAAUAUAUUGAGGUUCAGGGUCUAACUUGCACAUCUUUAAAAAGUAUUCCCAGAGAAAGUCAACAACAAUGAACGGAACUUAUUUUUUUUUUUUUGUCGUUUUCAUGAAGUCUGCAGAACAUGUUACUGAAAGUACAUUGAUAGUCUAAGAGUGUGCUACAAAGUAUUGUCAGGUUCUGGACCCUAGUUACAAAAAAAAACCUCUUUAAAAAGUUGUUGCUAAUGUAAUUCAGCAAGAAUUAACAAUCUUCUUUUUGGUGGGCAUAAAGUACCCAACCC